ACGGGAAUGGGCCGCCGCUCGUAGCCUUGGCGGGUGUAUGCGGGGAGUGUAGCGCCUGGUGGGACAUCUCCUGCAUGACUGACUGACUGUGCGCCUCGCCUCGCUGCCGUGUGUGAGGGAGGCGGAGGCGGCGGCCACAUCGAAGUGCUCGGAGCCAGUCUCAACGCCGCAGUGGCUUAGUGGUGUCGCGUUGCACGGCCUCCUACGAACCGUCUAUCCCCACGGACGGAUUGCAGGAUAUAUAUUACUCUCCCGAACGGUGAGGAUGGGGAUGUAAGAACUGAGGAGCGCAGUCUUGAUUCCCACGAGUGAUUGAUUUCCUCCGGGUGACGUUUGGAGGAAAAAAAAACAAUACCUAAAUGUGCAUUUGGUCAUAGUGGCUGAUCAACGCUGCGCUGUGCCGUGGCUGUCACCGCCGUGUGCCAGCGUCAAGCCAAGUAGGUCACUUGACAUGAAAUGUUGUGUGAGUCAAGGGACGAGAGUGCGAGCAUGAGUAAGGGCGUCGCCUCGUCUGUGGGCCCGUGGGCGGCUGCGGGACUUGUCAGCGACAGGAGUCCGCCCCUGGCUGAGCCAUGACCUGCCCGGGCUGUCAUGCCACCGCCAACCACCGACCAAGCCUGGCCGCCCGCCUCCCCCGCCCAGUUGGCCUCCGCCCUGCUCGCCUCCUUUCAGCGCAUGACUUCAUCGGCCAGACUCCUCCUAGUUGGGUGCUUCCAGUGUGAGUUCCUGAAGGCGGGGUGCUGGAGGCGGCAGGAAGAACACGAUGGCGCGUGGUUCGACUGUGAUAAGGUGGAGCACCCCUACUGCUACGUCAACCCCGUGGCGUUGACUGACGCAGCCCCGGCCUCGGCGCCCUGCCCCGCCUCUCCGCCUCAACAUGCGGCGCCAUCCCCGCCCCGCGUCACCCACCCGGGGAGUCCUCUCAAGGCCUCGCCGCCCCAGAGAUCUCCAGGCAGUGCCCUCGCUCCCCGUGGCUCCAGCGUGCAGCCCGGGGCUCCUCCGAAGCCUUACAAAACGUGCUAUGUCAAUGGCGGCCUCGUUCCCGAGAGCGAGGUGCAGCUUGAAGAGAGUGACACCCCGCUCAAGGACAGCGUCAGUCUGAAGGACGGGGUGGCCAGGUACGUGAGGGGCCAUGGCGGCAGGACGUCACUCGUGGAAUCCUUCGCUGCCAAACUCGAGGCUGACCUGAAGAGGCUGGAGUAUGACAGGCAGCGAGCCGAGGGGGAGGUGGUGACCCUGGCCCCGGCAGCGGACGACACUGACUGGCUGAAGGAGUACCUCAGUCCCCGGGGCCGCCACGCCGACCUCUUGGACACGCCCUCCAAGGACGCCUACGACGAGCUGGAGGAUGCGCCGCCACGCCCACGCCCAGAUGUGUGGAAACCCUCGGAGCUGGAGAAUGUCUUCGAGUACUACAACAUGGCGGCCUUCUACUCCUACGGGGCGACUUGCCAGGUCGGGGAUCAGAAGUUUGCGAGUAGCAGAGUGCGCGGGGAAAAGUAUGAAGAAGUGUUUCCCGUCUCUCCUCGCAACAACAACAACAACAACAACAACAGCAGCAAAGCACCCUGGGCGGCGGCGGACAGCGACGGGGCAGGUUCCUCGUCGCCAGAAGGAGUCACCGCCGCCGAGGACUGCCAACCCGCCGCAGAACACUCCCCCGAAGCCGCUGGAAAUGAAGGCCCCCGCGAGUGUUCCCAGUACCAAGUAGAGCAAAUAAUACGUGCUUGUGUGUUCUCGGAAAGCGUCACUGAGGUGGCUGGGAAGUGUUUCCUUGGCGACGAAGACAGCGGUGGCAACUGGGACGAUAGUGGCGUGAUAUACUUCGGUGGGAAAAGUUUUAAUAAGUUAUUAGUUUUCAAUCUAGUCAAAUCCACGAUGUCUGAAUGCGCCGCUCAGUACCCGCGUUCGAUGCCUCUGUGCUCGACGUACCCGGUGCAUCUAGUACAAAGCAAGGUGAUAAAACUGAUGCUGGACGACGAGGACGAGAAGGAGGAGAAAUUGUGUGGCCAGCAGGUCUUCCACAGCCCCUCGCUCUCCACGCAGCGGGAGAGAGAGGCGGCGCGGAGGCUGGUAGUGGGCGUAGCGGCGGCCGAGGUGAAGGCGGAGGACCCACAGUGGCAGGACUUCAAAAAGGAAGAGAAGGAGGUGAAGGAGGCCAUUGCUAACGAUUUGCUUCAUGAUCUCAUCGGUGAUACUGCCGACGUGUUCAAACUCUUGAUGGCAAAGAAAAUGUCGCUCACUCAGGAGCCAGAAAACGACUAAACAAGAGGCCACCUAAAUGUAUGAUGGUAUCCAGCAGCAGAAGUUCCUCCUAUGAUGAUGUGUUGCAGUGUGCAGUGUUACAAUGUCACAACACUGGAGAUGAUAUUGAGAUGCAAGAGUUUUUUGCAUCAAAGACGAGUAAAAAGAUAUCACAA